GAAGAGCACAAGUUUUCCGCCUACUUGCCAAGAACCAGGAAAUAGUCAUGAUAUUUUGAUAGACGACUCUCACUUGAUAUUAGUCAUUGUGAUACACUUACUUUUCUGUUAGUUUCGUGGUCGACAGAGUUUGUCGCAGUUAUGGCAUCGUUAUUCAAGAAAAAGACCGUAGAUGAUGUUAUUAAAGAACAAAACAAAGAGCUGCGGGGAACGCAGAGACAGAUUACAAGAGACCGGACAGCACUGGAAAGACAGGAAAAACAGCUGGAGAUGGAAAUCAAGAAAAUGGCUAAAACAGGGAACAGAGAUGCCUGUAAAGUUUUAGCCAAGCAGCUUGUGCAAGUGAGGAAACAGAAAACACGUACAUAUGCUGUCAGCUCUAAGGUCACUUCCAUGUCCACACAAACCAAGCUUAUGAACUCCCAGAUGAAGAUGGCUGGUGCCAUGGCCACAACCACUAAAACAAUGCAAGCUGUCAACAAAAAGAUGGAUCCAAAGAAGACCAUGCAGACCCUGCAGAACUUCCAGAAAGAAACAGCAAAGAUGGACAUGACAGAAGAAAUGAUGAACGACACUCUGGAUGAGAUCUUUGAGGAUUCUGGUGAUGAGGAAGAAACUCAGGACAUUGUGAAUCAGGUGUUGGAUGAAAUUGGAAUUGAGAUCUCAGGAAAGAUGGCUCAUGCCCCUUCAGCUGGCCGAAAGCAACCAAGCGCCGCCACAUCCAAAGCAGAUGGGAUAUCAGAUGAGGAGAUUGAGAGACAGCUCAAAGCCCUUGGAGUGGACUAGUGCUCAUGCACACACGCACACAAACACCUGAUUAUUGCCUGGCAACAGGAGGCAACAACACACUCCACUCAGAUUCACAGACACGCAUUAGGAUACAUCCAUACCGAAUACUAAUACAUAUACACACAGUUGCUGAUAAAUGGACAGUCUAAAAAUUCACAGUCACAGACCUGCCUUCUCUGGGAUAACUGUGCCACAGAUGGCAAAUGCAAUUUUUUAAAUAUUAUUUAUUUAUGACAAUAAGAGAUGACUAUCGAGGUUGUUUAGGACUCUGUUUCAUCUGGCUUUAGAAGGACAAAAAAAAAAAAAAAAAAAAGUUUGAAUACACAUGUUGUAAAUGAAUACACAAUGCCUUUGAGAAUAAGGCGAUUAUGUUCCCCUGAAAUCUACAACUUCAGUCUCUUUGAUCGAUAACUCUGAAAAUCACAUUGGUGUAAAUAAGUUUGACAGGAGAACUCUACCUCUGUAAACAUAAGAAGUGACAGGGCUGGCUCUUUAGUCUCGCAGUGUUUUGUCUUGUCCUUACUUUACCUUGCUGUUCUCCCGGUGCAUGACAAAACACUUGUGUGAGUCACAUCUUUAGUUUCCUGUUCUCACCUUCGCUCCAUUUAUGAAUUGGAAAUGACUGAGUUUGUCUUCUGGGUUCAGAUCUUGCUUGGAUAUUUUGAGUGCUCAUAUUUUAUUCAGCUGCUUUUCAGGGGCGAUGCCAAACUUUAAGAAGUGUGUUCCUGUUGAGCACAUUAUUUAUCCUCCUGUGAUGUCUGAAGAUGGUAGCUCUCCUUGAUUUCUCAUGUGCCUGAGGUCUCAGGUUGACAGUGUGUGUGGUUUUCUCUUGCAGUUGUAUAGGUGUAUCAGUCAAGUCAGUUAUUCUGACUUCAGAGACACUCGAAAGGUUCCUGUUUCCUGUCAAUUUAAAUCAGAGUGUGGCCUAAGUAAGGGUUGUUAUUUUGAGUCGCACGUGAAAGCGGCAUACUGAGCUUGAUCUUUAUGCACAGAAAUGGGUUUUAGGUUGACGAUAGUUAUGCACUGCAAUAUAUCAUAAGGAUGUAAAUAAUGUAAGCAUGAAAGGUUAAUUAGUUUAGAGUUUGUUUAAUCUACAGUGAGAGUUUUGAAAUAUGGGUGAUAACUUUCCUUUCUUAAAAUUUGUUCACUGACAGGUAUUGUUCAAAUUUAAGGGGAUUAUAUGCCCUAUUUAACCAUAAAUAAAAUUUGUAAUAAUA